AUGUCGCAAAACGUCGUGAACGCCACUACCAACCACAGACGGCGAGGAAUGGGCUUUGUGGCGCACCACUGUUGUUACUGGCGUAUUACUGUGGGAACUGGUUUUGCGCACGUGGUAGUUAUCCGGACAGUUGUUUGUGUCGCUCCGUUGGUCCCAUCUUGGCUACAUUGUAAUCAGAGCGGAGAGGAAAGAGAACUCGUCCAUAUUACAGCUGCUGUUUCAGCGGUUUCUGUGGUGAUGGACCCUCCCGGCGGCCGAGACGAGCGUCAUCGUCAAGCGGAGCGGCUUCGGCGGGAGGAGGCAUACUAUCACUUCAUUAAUGAACUGAGCGAGGAGGAAUACAGACUAAUGAGAGACAGCAAUCUACUGGGAACACCUGGUGAAGUCACAGCAGAGGAGCUGAGGCAGCGUCUGGAUGGGGCAAAGGAACGAGUGUCAUCUCAGCCACGCCCUGAAACCCGCCCACAGAGCAGUGAGGCAGAGGGCAGUAGUGGUGCAGUUGAGCCAGGUGCGGAAACAUCUAAUGGAGACUCCCUGUUGGAAUGGCUGAACACUUUCCGGCGCACAGGAAAUGCUACACGUAGCGGGCAGAGCGGUAACCAAACAUGGCGUGCCGUCAGCCGCACCAACCCUAACAGUGGCGAGUUCCGCUUCAGUCUUGAGAUCAACAUCAACCAUGAGCAACCCGAGCCUGGAGAACACAGCGACACCCCUGACCCGACUGAACUUCCAAUGCCUCCUCCUCCUCCUCCUCCUCCUCCUCCCCCAGUGUUGCCUGCCUCUGCACCCACGACCCCUUACAACCCCUCAAGGUCUGCACCUUACACACUUCAACACCCCACGCCAUACUCUACAGCCAGGCCCACCCUGGGAAGGAGGGCCGCGGUGCGCCGCACUCGCAGUAACACGGCUCUGCCUGUAACGCCACCUCUGACCUCACAGGCUCCUCCCACAGCUCUUAGGAGGAACUUGCCUUCUUUGCCAAGCUCUCCUCCUCCACAGGCUCCACUUGCUUUUCAGUCACAAGAGCAGGAUGGUGGUGCCGUAAGGGGUCAAAUACAGGUCACAACCUCCUCAGUUAACGCAGGGGAGGGGCAGAAUGGAAAUGAAGGCCCUGACUGCCCCACCACUCUGCCUCAGUCCGGCCCCCAGGUGGCGCCGGCUGCCCGUGAGCCACGAAACAGCAGGACUCGUUCACGUGGCCGUGUGCGCCGGGCAGCAGGAGCUGGUGGGGUUUUGUCUCGCUCUUCGAGACGUAGUCGCUCCCCCCUGGACAGAAACCCCACCUCCAAUGUUAGCCCCACCCAUAGCAGCAGCGCCACCCCAGUGGAUUCCACCGGAAGUACCGCUGUAGCAAUGGAAAUGGGCGAGGCCACUGUAGAGCCAGCUGCUCCAACGGAUCCUCCGGAGGCAGGUGAGGAAGAGGGGGAAACGCCUGUAUCGGGUGCUGGAGGUGUGCGGCGCCACCCCACUAUCAUGCUGGACCUCCAGGUGCGGCGCAUCAGGCCGGGCGAGAACCGGGACAGGGACAGCAUUGCCAGUCGCACUCGCUCUCGUGCUCGGGCCGCCGAGAACACAGUCACCUUCGAGAGCGACAGUGGCGGCUUUCGUCGAACCAUCUCGCGCUCGGAGCGUGCGGGAAUCCGCACUUACGUUAGCACAAUACGAAUCCCUUUGCGACGCAUUUCUGAGACAGGUCUUGGCGAGCCUAGCUCCAUGGCGCUAAGAUCUAUCCUGCGCCAGAUCAUGACCGGCUUUGGUGAGCUCAGCUCCCUCAUGGAGACGGAAGCAGACUCGGAGACCACCACUCCCAACCAGGACACCGCUUCUGCUGGUGGAGCCCAGGCGUACCGCGUUAGUAGUGGUGAGGGCGGUGUGGCCCAUGGCGGAGUGGAAACGGCACGAGAAGGUUUAAUGGCAGGUGAGGAGGAAGGACAAGUGCGGGUGAGCAGGACUGGGACAGAGGGACGACCUAGCAGCAGGGACACUAACAGCUUGGUGGAAAAUGGGACAUUGCCCAUCUUAAGGCUGGCGCACUUUUUCCUUCUCAACGAAGAUGAAGACGAGGAGCACCCAAGGGGCCUCACCAAAGAACAGAUCGACAAUCUGGUCACACGCACUUAUGGUCAGGUCAACCUGGAGGGCGAGCUGGGCCGCGCUUGCAGCGUUUGCAUCAAUGAGUACGCUCAGGGCAACAAGCUGCGUCGCUUGCCCUGCGCUCACGAGUUCCACAUCCACUGCAUCGACCGCUGGCUAUCUGAAAACAACACCUGCCCCAUCUGCAGGCAGCCUAUUCUGUCCAGCCAUCAGGAAUGAUGUCAGGCUGUAGCUAUCAAUCAACGGACUGAACGACUGACUUUUGUUCCACCGUCGGUGGCACGUGUACAUAGUGCUUCAAUGUUUUCAUUCUCUGAGAUCCAUUGUAUUCAAGCUAAAGGUAGAACCAAAAGCAGAAACAGACUAUAAUGCAGAGAUUUAACAAAGCUUUAUUUUUUUAGACCCCUUUUGUUUUCAUCUCUUCCUCUUCUUCCAUUCACCAUUAUGCUUUGUGGACAUAUUAACAGACGGCAUGACUAACUCGGAUGGAGUUAGGAAUGUUAGCUUUAGUUAAAGGUGCGGUUACAUUUACUGCUAUUUGUUGAAUUUUCGUGGGCAAAAUCUUGUCAUUUCAAUGGGUAUCCAUGUGAUCUGGAAUUUCGUGUGAGGGCGAACAAUUUCCUUUUGCAACAGAUUCACGUUGGUAAGUCGUUCACCGCAUUGACCAACAGAAAGCUGCUUGGUUUGGAAGUAACUUCUCUGUGAGCUGUGCUUUAUACAUCGCUACACUAUUGAAAACAAUAGUGACAUUGGAGUGACAUAAUAGACAUUGGAUCUUUUUUGCCUGUGAAAUUUCACCAAAAUUUCACUAAUGCAACCGCACCUUAAUUCUAUCGCACUUAUGAAUUUUAAGUUUGGUGGCUUCAAAAAAUGGAUAAACCUCUUAAAACUCUUUAAGGACAUGUAAAUAAAUGAAUGUUUGUGUUUUCAGUUUUAACGGUAAGACAUAUUCUAGAAAGAACCGUACACUGGUUCAAUUGCAUUUUCAAAAGGAACCUUUAUUUUUAAGCGCUUGCAGAGAAAUCCACCGGUUUUGAAGCUCUAUGAGUCCUCCAUGUAAAUGCUCCUUAAUGUUGGGCAGUGUUCUUUUAAAUGCGUUUUCAAUCAAAGCAGGUUUUUAGUGUGAUUUUUAUGGGGUCGUUAAGAAUAGUCAUGGGAUAUGAAUGAUGCAUCUGGUCGUAGAUGAAUUUGUCGCUGAAAUUCCAUCGCGGAAAUGCAUCUGCAUCUUUAUACUACGGGAAAGGGCAAUGAGCAACUCCACAAACACUACAGAAUCCAGUUUUUAAGCGUGGUUAUUAUUUUUCCUGUGGGCUAAAUAUGCUUUCCACUUUGAGUGUCAUUACAUUUCUAAUGAGAAUAAGCCAUUUGCAUUUGAACAACAGUUUUGGAGUGCCGAUCAGAUUAUAUGAUAUUGUAUGAGCUAGUAAGUGCAUGCUUGAUUUGUACCUGCGUAUAAACCCCUGCACAUAGUUCACAAUGUUUUAAUGAAAAGCUGAAAUUGAUUAUCACAUGAAAGCACUUGUCAGCUGCUGCACUAUAAGGCAGUACAUUCAAGCCUGUCAUAGGCCUGACUUCUUCCAGGGUGAUGCAAUGAUACAAGAAGGCAAUGAAAGAUAUUGAAUUGUGGUUAAAUAUUAUGUUUUCCUGUUUUUACCCUUCACAUACCUUUUUUUUUUUUAAAUAUAGUUUUUAUCAUCACAUGCUCUUGUACCGCACACAUAUGUCCUGCCCUGCUUACCUUCCCUCAGUAUUUUAAUGUACAAUGGUUUCACUUAUGGCCUUGUCUGAAAGCCCCGUUUGCUCUAAAUGACCAUUUUCAUGCAGUGUUGCUCCUUCCCCAUGUGAGGCAGAGCGUGAAGUAGGACUUCUGAAUGAAUGAUCAUGAAUGUAGUGGUACCUUGCGUCUUUCCAAGGUACACUUUUCCUCAAUGUACAAUAGAUGUCUGCUUGUGUUUCAGGAUCUCGAUUAAAACAAAGACAGAGUCUGUUAAUCAACACCUGUCCUCGAUGUUAUUGUUUUCUUGUGUACUAAAAUAUCCUUUUAUUUUGUCUGUAUGUUGUGAGGAUGUGUGUAUGUUCUGUAAGAAGUGUGAAUUGUAAGUAUGUGUGUGUAUAUUGCUGAAUGGAUCAGAAUGGUUUCUGAGCUGUUGUGUAUCUGCGAGUGGGGGAUGUUUGGCCAUGAAGUUUAGAUAUUUAAUGAUGAAAAAUUGACAUCAUUGAGCUAUGACUAUGUAUUAUGUUAUAAUGUGAUGCUAAACAGAAGAAUAUGUAUUCUGUUACUAUGUAAUAAAAUAAAACAUUUUUUUUCUU